AUGACAUACGUGUACCCACUAGGAGCCAAGGUUCUCUCCGAAUUUGUUGCAACUGCCCUCACCAUACUCUUUGGAGAGUCCAUCAUUGCAAAUGAGUUGCUCGCUAGCACUAAGGGUCAUGGCAUGGGAUAUCUCGCUGUGGCCAUUGGAUUUGGCUUGGCCUUUGGGGUGAACAUAGCUUGGUUUGGUGUUAUCAGUGCCCAUCUCAACCCUGCCAUGUUUUUCUUUUUGGCUCUCAUUGGAAAAGUGGAAUGGAAAGAAUUCCUGGCCUGCUCCUGUGCCAAUUUUGCGGGAGCCUUUGUGGGAGGGGUCCUGGUAGUCAUCUUUUUCAUGCCACAUUUUGGAUUCUCUCUUCCACUUCCUUCCAAUACCAGUGAUACAGCAACCUAUAUUGAAGGACUUGUCAGUAUGGAAACCAAUGCUGGAAGACUUGCCUCUGCAUUUGGACCAGCAUCACGAAAGAGGGAGAAUGAAACCAUUGGUAACGAAAUAAGGUCCUUCUUUCGAUUGCCCAAUGAUGAACAAUUCCUGGAAGGAUACAACACGAACACAUUUGCUGCUGAUGAUGCCAAUCUCUUGGAGAAAAUGGAAAUGAGACACAAAAGGCGUCAGAAGGUCACACUACAAACAGCACCUCCCACUCAUUUGGAGUAUUUCGACCACCGCUCUGUCAACUUGGCCGAACUACUGCGAAAAAGGGAGCCUGCGGAUGCUACCACUGAAGAGAUGCGUCAUUCUGUGCAAGUGGCUGCGCUCUUGCAUACUCACGAUGACAAUAGUAUGCAGCAAAAGAAGGACAUUCAAGCUGGCUCUCAGACAGAUGCUACCACUGAGAAGAUGCGCCAUUCUGUGCAAGUGGCUGCGCUCUUGCAUACUCAUGAUGACAAUAAUUUGCAGCAAAAGGAGGACAUUCAAGCUGGCUCUCAGACCAUCCGAACUAAUGGAUCAACUAACGAAUCAUCUGAAGGAGUGCCGGUUCAGACCAAAGUCAGUUUCCAUGAAGGCAAGAACACAAUUAUUGAUGUGGAAAAUCCGGCAACAGAUCCCAGCAACAACAUGGCCACGCCAGAGCAAGACACCACCAUGUUGGCCUACAAGGCCGCCUUGCAGGCGGAUGCCAGUGCCAAGCUCUCCAUUUUUGGCACCAGACCAGCCAUCUACAACCGCCCUUGGAACUUUCUGCAGGAAGCUAUUGCGACUGCUGUCUUGGUGCUUGGUGCGGAACUCUUCAAUUUGCGCAAGGAGGUUCAAACAGAGCUCACCGGGACAUGGCAAGAUGGUGCCUUCUUCCAAUCCUUGUACGUUGCUCUGUACAUCACUUUGUUGGUUCUUGGCUUGGGAGGUCCCACUGGAUUGGCUGCUAAUCCAGCACGUGAUGUUGGACCACGCCUGGCACACUAUCUGCUGCCAAUUCCCGGCAAAGGAUCCAGUGAAUGGCACUAUGGAUUGGUGGUACCCCUCUGGGGGCCCUUUGCUGGUGCGGCCGUUGGUGCUGGUCUCUUCAAGUUGAUGGAAGGGCUGUUUGAGAUGGUGGAAAUUGUUGAAGAGGCGAAUGAAGGUAGUGGAGUGGAAUUGUAA